GUGAGAUAAAGACGGCUCUUUCCCUCCCUGUGUCGAUUCGCUUGGAGCUUUUUUACCGUGCAAACGAGUAACCGCACAACGCCAUCACAGGCGUUCCACAAAGGAUUUUCUGGGUUUUUUUUAUAUUGUUGUGUCGGACGGUCGGAGCGCGACCACAUACCCAUCUUUGCGUGCGCGGGGGCUGAAUCAUGUCCCUGAGCCCGAAACACUCCACGCCUUUCUCCGUGAACGACAUCCUGAGCCCGCUGGAGGAGAGCUGCUUUAAGAAGUUCGCAUGCAUGGAGGGCGCUUACCGGCAGCCUCCUCCUCCGACUGCACAGGGCGCGCAGCAUCAGCACCACCACCACCAUCACCAACACCACCACCACCAGCAGCAACAGCAGCAGCAGCACGGAGUGAGCCACGGAGCUUAUCACGUGCCGCACGGCAUGUCACAGUUCUCACACGCGGCCGUGGCGGGAUACUGUAACGGGAGUCUCGGCGGAGUGGCGGAACUGCCCACUUACCAAGAGAGCGUGAGAAGCGGCGCUGCAACCGCAGCCUGGUACGGAACAAACCCGGAGCCGCGUUACGCAGCACUUCCUAGGUUCAUGGGCUCCUCCAGUGCUAUGAACAUGAAUAUGGGUGCGCUCGCGGGAAUGGACGCCAAGUCCAUGGUGACUCUCCACGCGGCUCCGCGCAGGAAACGUCGUGUGCUCUUUUCUCAGGCGCAGGUGUAUGAACUCGAGCGCAGAUUCAAACAGCAGCGCUACCUGUCUGCGCCCGAGCGCGAGCACCUGGCCAGUCUGAUCCACCUGACACCGAACCAGGUGAAGAUCUGGUUUCAGAACCACCGCUACAAAAUGAAACGGCAGGCCAAAGACAAAGCGACACGCGAGCCGCAGUUACAGCAGCAGGACGGCGGGGACGCGUGCCAUCAGCAGCAUUCACCGAGGCGCGUCACCGUGCCUGUGCUCGUCAAAGACGGUAAACCCUGUCAGAACGGAUCCGACACACAGACCUCAGGCCAAAACGUCGCCAUGACUGCGGGGCCACUACAGCAGCGAAGCCAAACAGUGGAGACGUUAGCGUCUGCUGCGGAUGAGCUUGACGACAUGGCACCGAGUCCGCCAGGGCUGCACAGCGCGCACCUCCCCGGUUUGUCUCACCUGGACUCCGCCCUCUUGGAGUACAACAUGGCGGGGUCGAACCUGCUCUACGGCAGAACUUGGUAGGCGAAUACGCGUUUUGUAUGAGAGCUCAGACCAGGAAACGGCCUCUAACGACUCCGGAGAACAACUUAAAACACUAGACAGAAACAAACGCGCAUUUCAACAUGUACAAAUGUGAGGAUUUUAUUAGAUUAUAUCCAUCCAGAAAUAAUAUCUCACGGUUGGAGUUUGUAACCAAGCUGUAUUAGGGUGUGGAUGGACGUGCAGCAAAAAAAGGCUUGUUAUUUUCACACAUCUCUCUCUCUCUCUCUCUCUCUCUCUCUCUCUCUCUACUAUUGUUCAUGAAGCUUUUUUAAAAUGCUUUUCAACUUUUUAGAUGAACUUGAUGCAAAAGUAUAAAGGACACAUUUGACACCGCGAGAUUUUAUGUUGUUCACACGAAAACUUUUUGUAAUUUAAGAAAAUUUUAAAGUUUCUUCUGAAACGAAUAAGAAUUAAAUUUAACAAUAAAAAAAACAAACAUUCUGAAUACUUUGCAGCUUUUUACUAGGCAAUGGGAAAUUAGUCUUAUUAUUUUGGGAAAUAUAUUAAGUUGAAGAUUUACAGUACGGGUUUCAAUAAAUGUUAACGCUGAGCCAUUAAGCGACUGAUUUGUUUGGUUAAUAAUCAUCAGAAAAUAAUACGCACAACUGCUAUAAGAACAGCCACUGCAUCUCCCCUUCGAUCACAAAAACUGGUUUAUAUAUCCAAAUAUAAACUGAUUAACACUAUCAGCUAAACUUAAUGACAAUCUUU